CAAGAAAGAGCAUACAUAGCAUACUUGGAACUGCAGGCCAAAUAUAGACUGAGGUAUAAAAUGUACACUAACAGAUGUUUUUUGAAUUUCAUUUCAAGGUGGAAACCCUUAAUGCAAAACUCAUCCAAAUUAGCUCUGACUCUACGGAGGCAGCCCGCCUGCGACAGCGCCACCUCCCGUACGGCACCCCGCGGGUUCUCCAGGAGAACGCACACUUCUGCCUCCUCUACCAGGCGGACUACGUCAACGGCUUCAGCAGAGACGUACUGAUGCCCCUCUGGGUGUCCUACACCCUCCCGCCCCCGACCGGUGCCCAGCCUCCGAGCCCCGUGAACGAGUCCUGUGUGCGUGAAGAUGUACGCGUACCGCCCAAUGCUAGCCAGACAUGCGAGCGCUACCACGAUGAUCCCACCUUGACCUACGGCCUCCUUCACCCCCCCGUGUUGAGUCCUGUCGGAUUACAACCGGAUUCUCUGCUCUCAAGCAACAUGGCGCCAAUGUUUCCUGCAUUUAAAGAGGUCUGGACCUAUAUCCACACCGUCUUGGUGCAGAACUACUCCCGGGAGCUCAACGGUGUCAAUAUCGUCAGUGGGCCUGUAUUCGACAAAAACUACGACGGAAGGUUUGACACGCCCAAGAUUACUGCAGCGAACGAGGCGCCCAUCCCCACACACUUCUUUGUGAUCCUGACCAGCUGCGCCGACGGCCGCCUCAGCCCCGAGCGGUGCGCAGGCCCCCUUCAGGUCCGCUCCUUCGUCCUGCCGCACCGACCCGACCACACAGAGACCUGCGCUAGCGGGCCAGACUACACGUGGGUGGAGGCGUGGAUGCUGCUCCACGUGUCGAGGGUCCGAGACGUGGAGCUGCUGAGCGGCCUGAGCUUCUACCAGGACAGGAUCUCAGUGGAGGAGACACUGCGGCUGAAGACCUUCCUGUACGAUGUGUAGCAUCACCCCCUAUGCCAGUACUAGUAAUAAUCAUCAAUCAAUACACAGGGAAGAAAACGGGUUGAUUUACCAAAUGCUGCACAAGACAAUCGUCCACAUAGGGUUAGCACAGGUGAUGUGUGCGUAUAAAUGAAGCCUCACCCCUAUAUUUUAUCUAGGCUGCGGAAUCUUGAAACAGAGCAUCAGAGAACACAUUGUUGAAUCGUUGUUGACAUUUUUCUGAACAUUUCUCUGAUCCAGAAUGAAUACAUAAUAGACAAAUAAGUAGAUUCUAUUCACUUGUCCGCUGUUAAAGUAUUUUUUUGAUUUGUAUUUUUGAUAUUUUUGCUUAUAGAUCAUAAAUGCAGUAUUCAUUAAUUUGGAAUGUUUUUUUAUACGUCGGUUUAGACAUGGCAGUUUAAAUGGUUCUAAUGAGUGUGUGUUAGUGUGUUAGUGUGUGUGUGUGUGUGUGUGUGUGUGUGUGUGUGUGUGUGUGUGUGUGUGUGUGUGUGUGUGUGUGUGUGUGUGUGUGUGUGUGUGUGUGUGUGCGCACGUGUGCGCUGGUGUGUGUGAUGUGUUAACGUGCUGGUCCAAAGCAAUCAUGUGUGUGUCAACGAUUGACAAUUGAAACUUGAUUACAAAAGUCAUUUCUCUUGUCUGUCAUGCAAUUUCAUGGUCUGAAAAUUGUGAAAAUAAGCCAUCCUAAGAAAAAUGCAAUUUUAUAAAGCUGUUUUUGUACACUGA